CUUUUUCACCACACCAACUGGGAAUAUUACGCAAAACUCUGCGUAGGGGGCGCCACUACCACUAUCCAUCACAAUCUGGGGGUCUACCACGAAACAAGAAAAUCGAAAUUUCGUUAUCUAACCUCUCUAUCACUCUUGCAUAUUCGAGCGAUAAAGAGGCGGAUAGCUAAAUUUCGAUUUUUGCGUUUCUCGAUAGGCCCUCUGUGAACAAUCCGCCUUGAUGCAUAAAUGUCAUAUUUAAUUGUCAGUGAAAACUUGUCAAAAAAGAGUUUAACGCACGAUGGCGUGAGCGUUCAAGACCCGAAUUAUUAAAGCUUGAGUUCGGUACAGCUUGAGUAUUUAGGACUAACUCUUAAGAAACUUAAAGCUCGAGAUGUCAAUGUCCUGAACCCUUACAAUUAUGUGCUCAAACCUUUCAACACUCGAGUUUGAAAGUCAUCAAGGCUAGACUUCUAACAACACUAUCGACAAGACUGGUUUAAAUAAAUUCGUCCUUACACACGCUAAUUUGUUAAAUACUUCAAAACACGACCUCCACUAUUCAGUCGGCGAUUGGUUAUUGAAUAAAAUAGACAAAUAUUCUGAAAUAAAUAAUAUUCAGAAUAUUUUUCAUCAUGGGCGUAACCGUUAUAGAGGAGUUACCGGUACUUAGCUUUUUCAAAGUGAAGCCCGACCAAUUAUAUGAAGUUAGGAAAUUGUUCAAUUUGGAAAAACCUGAAAGGAUAAAGGAAGCCAUACAGUUACUAAAAGAUUGGUUGCAAAAGCAGGACUAUUUCAAGAAGAAGGAUUAUCCUGACGAAUACUUGGAAAGGCUUCUAAUUCUCAACAAAGGGUCUGUGGAGCGAGCCAAAUCAUGCUUCGAUAAGUUAUGCACGUUCAGAACGAUUUGGCCUCAGUACUUCACCGCGGUUGACAUCAAUUCCUUCAGAGAAUAUUUUAAAGUAUUUAAUAGCAUAGCACUGCCGGACGUGACACCUGAGUACGCCAGAGUUAAUUUAUUUAAAAUAAACAGCAAUGUGCCAUUGGGUGCCGACCUUAUCAAAGACUAUAUCAAGUAUUCAAUUAUUCUGUGCGAGUACAUGAAAAAGCACGAUUAUCCAAAUGGAUUUGUUAUUAUGCUAGAUUACCGAGAUGUUAACCUAUUAGAUUUGCUCGCAAUUCUAAGCCCUUCACAACUUCAGCAGAUGGUUCAUUUAUACAUGGGAGGAUUUGGGAUGCGAAUUCAGGGUGUCCAUCUAAUAACGAAAUCGAAGGUAUCAGAUGCACUAGUAUCGCUCGUUAAGCAAGUGGUGAGCAAGAAACUCGCAGACAGGCUGCACGUUCAUCGAAGCUUGGACACCCUGUAUGACUUCAUUCCUAAAAAAAUAUUGCCGGCAGAAUACGGCGGUGAUGGCGAACCUUUUGAUGUAAUGAUGGAAAAUUUCUUCAAGGAGCUCGGUUCCAAAGAGCAUAUAGAAUACAUGAAGGAGACUCAACAAGCGACGGUUGACCUGUCCAAAAAGCCAAAAGAUGGCUCCAUUGAUGACUACAUGGGCAUGUCAGGUUCCUUUAGGACUUUGAGCGUUGACUAAGUGUUCAAAGUGGACGUUCAACUGGCGGCGACAAGCGGAGCGUUUAAAAACAUGAAAACUUAUGCGAGUUGCCUCAUUGCACGCUGCUCAAAUACCCUGGACGCUCGACACAACA